UGUCUAUAUAAAUAAAUGCACCCGCGCGCCCCCCUCUCUCCUCACCCGCUCACGCAAAACACAAGAGUGAGAAGGAGCAGAGAGGGAGGGAACAAAGAGGAUGGAGAAGCUGCAGGAGCCGAUCGCCACCUCUUCCUCUUCCUCUCCCUCGCCGCACUCGUCGUCGUUCGCGAGUCUCGGAGCGUACGGUCGGGCGCUGGCGGAAACGCACCGGAGGCUCGGGCGGCGGGCCGCGUCGGUGACGACGACGUACGAGGAGAUGAGCCGGGUCCGGGCCCGAUCGGGGGCCGAUAUGGCGCGGUCCCUGCGGUGGCCGGACCUCGUCGGGUUUGGGCUCGGUGGUAUGGUCGGCGCCGGCGUCUUCGUUGCCACCGGCCGCGCCGCCCGUCUCUAUGCCGGCCCCGCCAUCGUGCUCUCCUACGCCAUUGCGGGCCUCUGCGCCCUGCUCUCCGCCUUCUGCUACACCGAGUUCGCGGUCGACAUGCCCGUCGCCGGCGGGGCUUUCAGCUACCUUAGGGUCACCUUCGGGGAAUUUGCGGCCUUUUUGACGGGGGCGAAUCUGAUAAUGGAGUACGUGUUCUCCAACGCGGCCGUGGCGCGGAGCUUCACGGCCUACCUCGGCACGGCCAUCGGGGUGGACACCGCCGCCAAAUGGAGGAUCACCAUCAUCGGCCUCCCUAAGGGCUUCAAUCAGAUCGAUCUCCUCGCCGUGGCCGUCAUCGUGCUCAUUUCUAUGUGCAUAUGUUACAGCACCAAGGAGAGCUCGGUCCUGAACAUGGUGCUGACGGCGAUCCACAUCGCGUUCAUCCUGUUCAUCAUCGUGAUGGGGUUCUGGCGGGGGGACGUGCGGAACCUCACGCACCCGGCGAACCCCGCGGAGAGCCGGGGCGGGUUCCUGCCUUACGGGGUGGCCGGCGUCUUCAACGGGGCGGCCAUGGUGUACCUGAGCUACAUCGGUUACGACGCCGUCUCCACCAUGGCGGAGGAAGUGCGAAAGCCCGCCCGUGACAUCCCCAUCGGCGUCUCCGGCUCCGUCGCUCUCGUUGCCCUCCUCUACUGCCUCAUGGCCGUCUCCAUGUCCAUGCUCGUCCCCUAUGACGCCACCGAAGAGGAAACAAUAACAAAGUGGACAUGUAAUUCUUCAUCAGAUCGACAAGGAGUCACCGUUCUCGGCUGCGUUCAGGGGAUCGGACGGCUGGGGAUGGGUGUCGAACGUGAUCGGGGCGGGGGCGAGCUUCGGGAUCCUCACGUCGCUCCUCGUCUCCAUGCUGGGCCAGGCGCGCUACCUCUGCGUCAUCGGACGGUCCAGCGUCGUUCCUGCCUGGCUUGCCCAGGUCCACCCCAAGACGUCCACUCCCGUCAACGCCUCCGCCUUCCUCGGAGCCUUUACGGCGGUGAUCGCCCUCCUCACCGACCUCGACGUCCUCCUCAAUCUCGUGUCCAUAGGCACGCUUUUCGUUUUCUACAUGGUGAGCAACGCGGUGGUGUACCGGCGCUACGUGACGGUGGCCUCGACCAACCCCUGGCCGACCAUAUCCUUCCUGCUCGCCUUCUCCUUCGUCUCGCUCACCAUCACUCUGAUUUGGCGAUUCGCUCCUGCUGGGUUGGCCAAGGCGGUGCUGCUCGGCGGCUGCACCGUGGUGGCCGUCGCCGUGCUCCAGGUAUUCAACUCCCUGGUGCCACGGGCUCGGAAGCCGGAGCACUGGGGCGUGCCACUGAUGCCGUGGGUACCCGCCGUCUCCGUGUUCCUCAACGUGUUCUUGUUGGGCUCGCUCGACGGGCCGUCGUACGUGCGGUUCGGGUUCUUUUCGGUGUUCGCCGUACUCGUCUAUGUCUUCUACAGCGUGCACGCCAGCUUUGACGCAGAACAAAAUGGUCACCUAACAAAAGCGGCAGAGGGGCUGAGCCACCCCGUGGGAAGAGAACACGGUGGUGCUUCCGGGGUAUAAUUUUGGGUGCCGGGAAGUACCAUUUUUCUUAAUUGUAAUUUGGAUUAUAUGGGCUCCCAAUGAACGGAAAGAGACACACUCGCAGUAAAAAAAAAGAGUCUAAAAGAAAAAGGAAAACAAAAAACCAUAUACCUGAAAGCUGUAUCGUAGUGGCAUCUAAGUUGAUGAUUUCUGUACUGUUCCUUCUGAGAGAGAGUCUGUCCCAUUUUGAUUCUUUGUUGUUUCUCGAGUUACAUCGUCUGUCAAAUGUGUGGCAAUUCCACUUACAAUUUUACCCUAUCCUCUAUUGUAUACCUGUGCAGAAAUAAUAGUUGUUUUUAUUCA